CAUACAGAACUGAAUUUACAAACUUUAAUCCCAUUAAAGAGUUAUGGAGCUGAUGAUAGCUAAAUGCUGCAUUCUUAUACUGAUGCUAACACAAGAUAUUAUAAAUGCUGAGAUCAGACUUGAGCAGUCUUCUGCUGUGGUGAAGAAACCUGGAGAAACUGUGAAGAUCUCCUGUAUAAUAAGUGGAUACAGCAUGACCAGCAACUACCUGCACUGGAUACGACAGAAACCAGGACAAGCUCUGGAGUGGAUUGGUCGGAUGGAUACUGGCUCAAAUUCAGCGAUUUAUUCAGAUUCCAUGAAAGAUCACUUCAUACUGACUGAGGACGUUCCCUCAAGCACACAGUUCUUACAGUCCAAGAGUCUGAGAGCAGAAGAUACUGCUGUUUAUUACUGCGCUCGAACAGACACAGUGACUAAAACUGAUGAAGCAGCUAAACCUGGAGAAACUGUGAAGAUCUCCUGUAUAAUAAGUGGAUACAGCAUGACCAGCAACUACCUGCACUGGAUACGACAGAAACCAGGACAAGCUCUGGAGUGGAUUGGUCAGAUGGAUACUGAUGUUCACAGUAUUGAACUGACUCAGCCUGGUUCUAUGAUGGUUCGUCCAGGUCAGAGUCUGACCAUCAACUGUAAAGUUUCAUAUUCAGUUACGGGCUCUGCUACAGCCUGGAUCAGACAACCUGCAGGAAAAGCUCUGGAGUGGAUUGGACACAUCUAUAGCAGUGGGAGCACAGCUUACAGUGAUAAACUGAAAAACAAGUUCAGCAUCUCCAGAGACACUGGAACUAACACAAUAACAUUACAAGGACAGAACCUGCAGACUGAAGAUACAGCUGUGUAUUACUGUGCGAGACUCUCACAGUGA